GAGUGCGCGGCUGGGCGCGAGGGCCGCGAGGGCGCCGCCGACGGGCCCCCGGGCGGGCAGGGCGCGCGGGAGGCAGAGCAGCGGGCGCAGGCGGCGGAGCGGAGGGCCCUCGAGGCCGAGCGGAGGGCGCUGGCGGCGGAGCAGAGGGCCCGCGAGGCCGAGGAGCGCGCGCGGCAGAGCGAGCAGAGGGCGAGGGAGGGCGAGGCUGCGAUGAGAGCACACGUCGCCCGGCUGGUGGCCGAGAACGAGCAGGUCCAGAAGCAGGCCCAGGCGGCGAAGGAGGCGUUCACGGAGCGGCUCGGCGGACUGGAGCUGCAGCGGGAUGCCGAUGCCGCUGCCUGGGGCGGGAGGGACGACAAGGGCAUGUGCGAAGCGCAGUUGGCCGCACUGGACUCGGAGAAGAAGCAGUUCCGGCAGGAGGCCACGGCAAUCUUCAAAACCAUGGAGGACUUUCUGAAGAGCCAGCUGCACGGAUUGGAGCAGAACAGAACACAAUUCCAACAGUACCUUGCCAACUCCGCCCAGGCAAAGGAGGCGGAUGAGGAUGUGCACGAAGCUCAGUUGAGCACGCUCGAGUCGGAGAGGGAGCAGUUCCGGCAGGAGGCCAGCAUAAUUUUCAAUUUCAUGGAACACACUCUGAAGAGCCAGCUGCACGGAUUGGAGCUGGACAGGGGCCGACUCCAACAGCAGCUCGCCGCCUCCGCCCAGGACAGGGAGGUGGACGAGGAUCUGCUCGAUGCGCAGCCCAGCCCGCCCGAGUCGCAGAAGGAGCAGCCGCGGCAGGGAGCGAGUGACGGGAGCGAGGCCCAGCAGAAGCAGCUCGGGGGCUGCGGGCAGGAGCUCGAAGCAGCCACCGCCGCAUAG